AUGGAUGCUGAUACCAUUACAUAUGGAUCAGCUUCUAAUGAACAUUUUAGUGCUGGUGAAAUGGAGGCAGGUGGAGACAUUACUCGAGAAGUAGAAAGUGCAACCAGAAUUUUAACAAGGGUUGAACUAGAUUUAGCGCGUUCUGCUGAGAAGUUGGUUAACUUGGACAUACUUGUUUUACAUGUGGUAGCAAGAGAACAUGAUUUCGAGACUUUUGUUAUAGUGGAAGAAUGUGCGUCGGAUGGUUGUGUUGAGAAAGCAUUAGAAUUUGAUCUUUUAUCUGGGAUUUUGGACUCUGAGGUCGGAGAACUGGACAGUUUUCUGUUCACCCUUCGGACAGAGAUUCUUAGUUUCCAUGGGAUUAUGUCUUCAUUUGAGCAGCUUGGGGGAGCUUUUAAGGAAACGGAAGAAAAUAUGAAAGAUUGUGAGGAAUCCUUGAAGCAAUCAUUUGAGCAGGUAUCUGAAAUAAAGGUGCAAUCUGCCAACUUCCAGAGGAUCUUGACCACUGCUAGAGACGAAAAAUGGAAAGAUGGCGAGGAGGUUGCAAGUUUUGAACAUGGCCAUCUUUUAAAUCUGAAUACAAGUAUUAAAAUGCAAACUGCAGAACAGCAGAGGUAUAUUUUGAGGAUGCUGGAGAGGUCUUUGGCUAGAGAAUUAGAACUUGAGAAGAAGCUAACCGAGUCAAGAGAAACUGAAGAAGAAUUAAAACUCAGGCUGCAACAAGAAGUACACUACAUUGUGGAAGAAUCUGAAGUUACCUUUGAAAGAUUGUUUGAAGCAGAAUACACUGCAGAAAUUCUUUUGGGAAUUUCAAAAGAACUAUUGAGACGAAUCCAGAUAAUACAAUUUAAUUUGGAUGGUUCCGUUCAGAGAGAAGGAGGGUUGAAAUCUAAAUUGCAAAACUCUGAGAGCACCAUUAAGGAUAUGGAAAAUUUGAUUGAAGAUCUGCAAUCUAAGGCUGAGGAGAAAAAACGAAGAAUGCAAGAUAUCAUCAUUAAAAAAGGAGAAAAAAAUUGCAGUAAAGCAUUUGGAAAAAUGUACAAGGAUGCCUACUAUGUUUCCGAGGAAUGA